CUUUCAAGCCAGGUAGGAACCACAUCCAUUUUCAAAUCUCUCUCUAUCCCGCAGACUUCCCAUGGCGACCGUCUCUGGCUCCGACCUACCCGCCGGCGGUCGAUCCGGUGGGAAAAUUAUCAAGAAAAGGUGGAGGAGAAGUGCAACCACCCCGUACGACCGCCCUCCUCCUCCUCCUCCAGGGCAGGAGGUGCCUCAUGGAAGCCCUAAUUGGCUCACCGGGGUCAUAUUCCCUGCUACUCGUAUGAUUGCGUCCGGUGCAGUUAAGAUGAUUUCUUCCGUCUUUGAUUCUUCAUCAUCUUCUUCAUCCGACAGCGAAGGCGAAGGCGAAGGCGAAGGCGACCUAGAGAACGUUGCUGAUGAAGAUAAUAAUGGUCCACCAGAUGAUGUUGGGCAGCUAAACAAGGAGUGCAUGAUUUCAUCAGAUGGAAGGAAUAAGGAGCCUCAACUUACUUUAUUUAAUAGUGUGACAAAGAGUGCAAUUGCGAGGUUGCUUAUGCAGGAGAGAUUCUCAAGGCAAGAGGGUGAUGCACUUGUACAGAUUAUUGAAUCUCGUGUCCUGGAUCCCGUAGGUGGGGAGGUAGCAGAUUCAACGCGUGUUGAUGUACCUGUUGCUAACGCUAAAUAUGAUGCCGCUGAUCUAUGUACUGAAGCAGUUAAGGAAGCUCGGAAAUGGCUGGAAGAAAAGAAAGUUGGAUCUAGCCCACAGUCAGACUUGGCUCAUAAAUCCCGUACCUUAAACACUGUUUUCCAACAAUUUGAGAUUGACACAGGCUCACCGGUGGAUUAUGCCAAGUCGUACAUGAAGUCUCGAACUCCCUGGACGUCCCCUCUUGUACAAAGUACUGAACUCCAAACUCCAUUUCCACUGACGAGAGAGCUUUUCAGGGAAGGCACAUCUGCUUCUUUUGAUGUUGGCGUAUUGCCAUCUUCUAAGAAAAGGAACUCUCGUGCAUCAGGUUCGUGGAAUAUUGAGGAGGAAUUAAGGAGACUGCGGUCAAAGGCUUCAGAGGAUAUGCUAAGCUCUCCACCUUCCACAAAUGUUGAUCGAUCAUCAUUGCAGACAAUACUUAAAUUUGGCAAGCAGUCUGCAGUUGAUUUACCAGUUUGUGGGAAGGUGGAAGGUAAUAUGGUUGACUUGGUGACGGAUAAUCAAGUAACUGAUGCUCCAAGAACUACAGCCACUGAAUUAAGUAGUUCACAUGGGACUUCGGGUGUGGAUUUGAGAAUAGAUAGUACCGAAAAUGACACAUUGAGAACUCCAUCUCUUCUUUCUUCUGAAGAAUUUCAGAAUGUAGCAGUCGAGAUGGCUGGUGAACAUGCUGGUAUUAAGUCAAAAACCCCUGCCCAUCUGAAUAAUGGCACAGAACCUUGUGAUGACCCGAGGUCAAGUCAGAGAAUAGUUCCUCAAGCUGAAGGUGUCACGGAACCCCAAGUUAAGCAAAAUGCCAAUGGUGUUCAUGUUUCACAAGCUAGGAACUUCGCUGCACAAGCUGGUGCAGGAGAUAUUUAUCAGCAACCAGAUGAGGGCAACUCUAGUUCUGUGAAUGCCAUCACAAAUGCUACGAAUUGCCAAGUCGAAGAUGUGUGUGAACUUUUGAGUGAGGCGUCUGUUGAAGUGCCAAUUGUUGAUGGAACUAAUGGCAUUGUUGAUGUAUCAAAAAAUGUCUCAAGCGUGCUCCAUGAGGAGGUUAGUGUGACGCUAACCCAAUCUAAAUCUGAUAAGGUGACAGACGAUGGCUUGGUCGUUAAACAAGAGCCAAAAAAACCUGGCAAAUAUACCAGAAGAAGCCGAGGAAGGGGUAAAUAGUAGACAUAUUUUGUACUCUUCCACUAUUAGGUUAUUAAGAUCGGGGGUGUAGGCCAUUGUUUAUUUUAGUUUUGGUGUACAACUGCCUUUUGUGUACGAUAGGAUGAGGGAAGCUUAGCUUUCAAAAUUAAGCAAUCCAUUUGUUGUAUUUGUUCAUUUGCGAUGCAGGGAAGCCUCUGUACAACUUUGCUUGAAAGAUAUAAUCUCAAGUUUUUUUCUUAAUUAAUAAUUUUAUCACGCACAACAAA